AUUAGAGCGAGCUGCUCUCAAAUGUACAGGUGCGCGUAGAGACCAGAUCUCUUGAAUAAAUAGGCCGGCUAAUGAAUUACCAUUCAUUAUUUUUGCACUUAACGCGAGGCAACACCAUACUAAAGUUUUGGAGGAGAAAGUGAAGAGAAAAUGAGUGAUUCUGCAGUCCAGAACACUCCAGAUGAGUAUGAGGAUGACUUUGAGAAAGACCUGGACUGGCUAAUCAGUGAGGAGAGCAAGAGUGAGGAACAGGAUCCUGAUGAUGAUGACAUUGAAGCUCAGAUAGACAAAGAGCUUGAAGAAGAUGAGCAUAAAGAAGAUGUACACAAACACAAGGAAAUAGCUGAUGAAGAAGCGGAUGAAAGGUGGCCAACGCCCAUGGAGCCAUUAGAGGGUGCGUUAGAUCCUGACAGGGACGACCUUGUAACCUCUCCACAUUUACAGAACGACGAAGACCUCGAUGAAGAAAAGAAAUAUAUUUUGGAUAAGAUUCAAGAGGCUAACAAACAACUCCAGGACCAGGAUCCUCCAGACCAUAGCCGGCGCAGACGGCUGCAGUUUAAAGACACUCUGGUUGACCUGGUGGUGCCUGCACUAGAGUUUGACGCUCAAGAGAGCAAUGGUGCCUCCUAUAGGGACUUAGAGGAAGAGCAAGAGGUGUCCGGACAAAUGCAGAGACUGAAGAUCUCUCGGAAAGAGGAGAGCGGGAUUGGAGAACCUGAGGAUGAACAUAACGAGGGAGCGAAGGAAGGACGGGUUUUGGUUGAAAAAGAUGGAAAGUUUGAUCUGGUGAGUCUAAAGGAGGUGGAAAGUCAAGGAUUGCUUCCUCCCUUGCCGGUUUCUCACGGCGACAAUCAGCGAGCAUCUUCACGGCAAAGUGAGUCUGGUCUCCAUCUCGGCAAGAGUCCUGUCUCCUCACCGAGGCAAAAUUCUACCUCACCUUUUCCCCCUGGCACUGAGACUCUAUACAUCCCCAAACCUCCACCGAAGCACCGAAAUAGACCCAGUUCUGCCAGACCGUCCCAAAGGGGAGCAUGGGUUCAUGGCAACAAGCGCAGGGUCCAGUCUGCAAAUGGAGCUCCUUCACAUGCCACUUUCACUCUGUCACCACAGCAGAAAGAAUUACUGGCCAAACUUCAGCAGCAGAGAGAGAGGCAAGCGAAAGAGGAUGAGCUUAAGAAAAAAGAGGAAGAGGAACAGAAGCGUCAGGAGAAUGAGAUAGCCUUCCGAUCAUGGCUUAUGAGGAAGAGAGAACAGCUGCUGGAGGAGAGGAGAGUUCAGAAAGCCCAGGAAAUGGAAAGGAUGAACUGCAGGAGAGACUGUGGUGACCCAGAGGAGGCCUUUAAUAAUUGGCUCCAGAAAAAACAGGAACAGCAGUUCAUAGACAAGCAGAUAGAGGAGAUGAAGAGACUGGAAAAGGAGAGCGGCUUUUGCCUGCACAGCCGAGAGGAGAGUGAGAAGGCCUUUAGACAGUGGCUGAAACGAAAGCGUACAGAGAAAAGAGCAGAACAACAGGCAGCUCGAGAGCGCUCGCGCAGACUCAUGCUGGAAGAGCGCAGAGCAAGACGCAUGCAUGACCUCCACUGCACUGUCAAUGAGAUCAAACCCUUCCGAUUCAGUGACCCCUAUGGAUACCGCUACUGAUCACUUCAUAAUAUACACACGUGACCAUUGUUACAAUCAGGAUCUGAACUGAAGGUCCUCCAGUUCAGCAAUCACUGUGGUCACUGCUUCAAGAGACACCUAUUCAUCUGUAUCAAUGGUUACUGUUCUAUUGAACUUCUCAAAGUUCUGUUGUCUCAUCUCCAUGAUACAGUGGAUGAAAGAACACAACAGGAGAUCUCUUUUAUUAAUUUUCCAUUCAUCCUUUUUCAAUAUACAGAGAUCAAACAGGUGCUUGAGUGGAUAUCCCUGUUCCAACAGCUUUAGGCACUUCAAAUAAUUGCUACUCCAAGAUGAUUUAAUGGAGUUUUGCGUAACUGCUGAAUCACCAGAUAUUCUCAUUUUUUUGUUUAGCUGGCCAUCCUGUAGUGUGCUACACAGCUACUGCAGUCUGCAGGAACAAUAUUAAUGCAGCAGUUCAGGCCCAAAGCUACAGAUCAAUGAUCUGUAUGUGGGCAGUUGACAUAAAAUGCUUUGGAAAAUGUUUAUACUUGAUCUAAAACUAUUUUAAACAGCAUUUCUUUAAUC